ACCAAGAGAACAGAAAUCGUACACUGAAGCCUUUCUCUGUGUGUGUGGUGUUCGUGAAUAUAGGAAGAGUGUGUGUGUUUGCGAAUAUGUGAAGAGUGUGUGUGUUUGUGAAUAUAUGAAGGCAAACAUUAGCCUAUAAUGGAGAAAGAAGACAAGACAAUCACUUUCCAGAGGCUUUUAUCAGACGAGAGCUACAGCUCGGAUCUGUCCAGCGACUCCUGCGAAUAUUAUCAGACGGAGAUCUUCGGGUUGUUGCCGAGCACACAGACUCAUCGUCGAGCACACACUGAUGACAUCACACAUGACCAGAAAGAGAGCUUGCGAUUGGACAGAAUCUGCUGGAACCCCAGUGUGCCUCUCAGAAACCUGCCCGUCUGCCUGCAGGACAAGAGAGAUAUCAGAGAUCGGCAGCACCUGCAGAAGCGCAGCGUUGGCUCAUGGGACGCAUGGAGACGGAGCCAGCAGACCACAAGGCGGCGCUUAAAAGAGCAUGUGGGCAGGGCCGUGUCAGGACUGUUGCCAUGGAGACACAUGAUCCAUAGGAUUGAAGGUCAGUUUGGUGUGGGAGUGAAGGCGUAUUUUGUGUUUCUGCGGUACCUGCUGGGUUUAAACCUGCUGUACUGUGUGAUCAUUGGCGGAUCGGUGCUGGUGCCAACACUGCUGUUCAGACAAGAAUCCACUGAAACCCAGAAUCCAGACUGGAGCACACUGUAUAAAGACAUUUUUGUGGGAUCAGGUGUUCUAGAGAAGUCUGCAGUCUUCCACAGUUUCUACACUCGUGGCUCUCUCAAUAGUCCGUGUUUGAAUACUGCACUACUCUUUCUGCUCGGCAUGAUCUCCAUCAUCUUCCUCAGCAUCCUCAUGCUGGUUCGCAGGACGAUGGUGGGAUACAAACACUCGUGGAUCACUGGCAAACACUUCAGCUCUAAUCUGAGCUAUAAGGUUUUCUCUGGCUGGGAUUUCAGCAUCCAGAGCCCUGAAGCAGCAUCACUGAAACAGAACUUUACCAGAAACGAGCUCAAGAUGGAUCUAGAAGAGCAGGCGUUUCAUGCACGAGUCAAGCAGCGAACGCUCACACAGUGGGUUCGGCUCGUCCUCUUCCGGAUCCUUCUGAACCUCGCUGUGCUGUUUCUUCUGGCCGGUUCAUUCAUGCUGAUUUAUUACGCCAUCCACUUGCAACAAACUUGCACUGUUGAAUCGACUAAGUGUCUGAUGUUGAAGUAUUUACCUCCAAUCACCAUGACUUUGAUUAACAUUGUGUUGCCGCGCAUCUUCAAUAAGAUCUCCGAGUUUGAAGAUUAUUCACUGACGAUCCAGCUCAACCUCACUCUCAUCAGGAGUAUUUUCCUCAAGUUGGCGUCUUUGGGAAUCUAUCUGUUCUUCUUCAUUUGUGCUGGCAAAAAGGACCAGUUCUGUCAUUUUGGCCAGGAAAAAACAACCUCAGUGCAGGAUAGCAGGACUGUCCUGUGCAAAGAAAAUGAGUUUGGGAAGGAGAUGUACAAACUCACCAUAUUCAACCUCCUGGAGGGUUUCUUCAGUGCGUUUUGUGUGGCCUACCCAAGAACGUUUCUCGUGGAGAAGUUCCCCUCCUCGAGGCUGGCGCAGAUAUUAGGCAAGAAUCACUUUGAGAUCACCUUGAAUGUGCUGGAUCUGGUCAACAGUCAGACGGUCACGUGGGUCGGUGUGUUUUACUGCCCGCUGCUGCCCGCCAUCAGCACCCUCAGACUGCUGAUCCUCUUCUACAUCAAGAAGUUCACAGUGAUGCGGUGUUGUGCUCCAGCUCAGAGAAUGUUCCGGACCGCCAGCUCUUCUGUCCUCUUCCACUUCACGCUACUGUUGGGUCUGUUCAUGUCUGUGGUCACGCUAGUGGUCAACAUCAACAGGUUUGAUCCGGGCGGCUGCGGCCCAUUUAACGGCACCGGAACUGUGUUUAAUGUGACGAAUGAGUGUAAAGUGACGCUCCCCAACGGGGUAAAGAACACCAUCAGCUACAUCUCAUCUGAAGCCUUCGCUUUCACUCUCAUUCUGGCUGAAAUUGUCAUUCUGACGUCAUAUGUGUCUCGAGGACGAGCGAACCGUAAAACCAUCGAGAGGCUGAAGGACAUGCUGGUGAUGUGCAGCUCUGAUAAACGUUUCCUAGUGAAGCAGCAUUCGACGAUCAUGAGACGCCGGCAGAGACCACGCUAACAUCACAUCAGAAACAUAAAUACAAUAGCACAAAACCAAAGCAGACAGCAACUUCAAUAAAAAAAAGAGUAUGAAGAUAAACUGAUGAAACUACUGAGC